AUGACCAAGUGGAAGGUCAGCCAAUCUGCUCCGCCCGAUCUGACAGCUUUUGAGAAGCGCUCGCGGCUAGCUCACCGCCCACCUGCGCUGGAACGGCACACGCUGCAGAGCUACGAUGAUCUCGCCGACGUGUUUACGCACGCUCGCCGCCAAUGGAUUGAUCAGUUUCUUCAAGAUCAAGGCUUGGGUGCCCUGCUGGCCGCGCUUCCACAUCUGGCCCAAGAGGGCAUAUUUGCCGCCACCAAGAUCAACAACGUUGUGCGCGCCGUCUACGCUAUCGUCAACCAUCGUGCUACUCUGGAUCGCUUGCUCGAAUCCGAGGAUGCCCUCAACAACCUCGUGGCCCUCUUGUCCAGUAACCACGACAUGGUCUCCCGCCUUGUCUGGGAGAUUUUAUCCGUUUUGGCCAUCUAUUCGGAGGAGGGCAUUGGUCAUGAUCGCGUGUUGGGCGCGCUCGACUGGUACCAAAGCACAUACGGCACGCCACACUACCUAUCACCCCUCCGCAAGACCUUUAAAGAUGCGGAUACGGUCGAGUCUCUCCGUAUGGUAGUUGGUUUUGUCAACGCCAUGCUCAAUGGCGCAAGCGGCAUCCAGAAGCGCGUCAUGCUUCGACAAGACCUUUUGGAUGUGGGCAUUAUCGGGAUGUUUGAACGGGCCGAACACACCUACAACGACAAUGGCCUUCACACGCAGCUCGAGAUCUUCUUUCGCGGCAUAGACGAUGAUAUGCGCGAGAGUACAAAGCGCGCCGAGUCCAAGCGUGGCGGCACCUCGACGGCCGCGUCACUCUUCGCAGCCGUGCUGGAAAAAGCCAAGGCUGCUGCUUGUGCAGACUCGAUUGAAAAGCUGCUAUCAGCCCUGUACGGUGCUGGAGACGAUCUCUCAACGACGCGGGCAGUAUAUGCAUUUGUGGCCAGUCAAGCACAAAAAGGUCUCUUGCUUUCGGGUGGAAAUGGCAGCCGCACUGCUUCAUUGCGCAUGAAGUCUUCUUUGCAGCGACAAGGGUCGAAAGAUCUGGAUAACCUGCGCAACUCGGUCCGCUCCACUUCAUCAGUGCCGGACGGUGAAAGAAGCUCAAUCGCCAUUCAAACGGACAACGAUGUCUUUGCAGAGCCGCCAAAGGCUCCAAUGCCGCCCACUGCUCCGCCUGCUCCGGGAGGACCCGAGGCUACAGGUACCACAGCAAGUGCCCCGCCCCCACCGCCCCCACCACCACCUGGCGUUUCAGGAGGAGCACCACCACCCCCACCACCACCGCCGCCAGGAGGUUCGGGCGGGGCACCACCACCCCCACCCCCACCGCCGCCAGGAGGUUCGGGCGGGGCGCCGCCUCCGCCGCCACCCCCGCCUGGUGUGCCAGGCGCACCAGGUGCACCUCCGCCGCCACCUGGUGUGCCAGGCGCACCAUCAAUGGCCAACGCCAAGGUGUAUAAACCUGCUGUCGAGCCGUCGGGCCCUUGCAAGCGACUGGCAUGGAACAAACUCAAUGCCCGACAAAUUGAGCGGAGCAUUUGGGCCGUCAUCGAUGGUCAGUCGGACAUGCGGCUUGACCUGCACUACUCGGAAUUGCAAGACGAGUUCAAGGCUAAGGAGGCCAAAUCCCUCAACCGCACUACAACCAACAAGGAGAGCACUGAGCCUGCCAAGAUCUCCCUUCUCGACUCCAAGCGUUCGUUGGCCAUCAACAUUAUUUUGCAAACCAUCCACAUUGAUCAGGCCAAGCUAUUUGAUGAGCUCAAAAAUGGCGAUGGCAACUCUUCAGUCUUGGACGAGCCCGUGGUUCGUGGUUUGCAUAAGACCUUGCCCACGCCCGAAGAACAAGCAGCACUGCAAAGCUAUGAUGGCGAUGUGGCCCAGUUGGCCCCAGCUGAGCAAUAUCUGAUUCAGUUGAUCAAGGCGAGUCUCAAAGAUGUUUGGCUGAUGUUGACAGAUGUUUCCAGCGCAAUCCCUGAUUUUCAGCUGCACAUUGAGGCUCGUAUUUUGAUGUUUGAUAUUGAGGAUCUGGAGACCGAGUACAUUGAAAAUCUCAACACGUUCAAAGCGGCCCUUGAUGCCCUCGACGAUAGCCCGUGUCUCAUGAAGUAUCUCACUCUUAUCCGCGAAAUCGGCAACUUUGUCAACUUUGGCAGCUUUGCAGGUGGCGCCGCGGGCUUCAAGCUUCAAUCGUUACUCAAGCUGCGCGAGGUGCGGGGUGCCAAUGGAGUUACGCUCUUAAACUUUAUUGCUGCCAACUUAAACGAAGAGCAGCCACAACUGUUGAAAGAACUCGAAGCCUUGCUAUUGAACAAGCUCAAAAAGCUGCCUGCUGUCGACUUCGACACGCUUUCGGCAGACAUUCGCUCUUUAGCCAAUCGCACCAAGUCAAUUCAGCAGCGCUUGAAGGAUCGCGAUCAGAGCAAGCGCUACGAGCCAGUCUUGAGUCGCUCUGCCCGCCAUAUGGAGCGGCUGUGCUCCAAUUUGGAGGCAAUCACUGCCUCCUCCAAAGAUCUUGCUGCGUUUUAUGUCGCCGAGCCGGAUUCUCUUUUGCCCGUUUGGACGACCGCAAUUGAGCAGCUUCUGCAAUGCGUCACUCAAAACGAAGAGCGACGCCUCGCUGAGCAACAACGAGUGAGUCGUGAGCAGCAGGCGGAGGCGCGUCGCCAAUCUAAGCAGGACGUGCGGUCUGAGUUUAAAGAGAACAAUGUUGUCGAUGAUCUCCUCAAUCACAUCAAGAGCGGCUUUGCGGGCCACCGACCAAGCUACAAUUCUGCCAGACGCACAUCAGCUGCCGCGCCCAUGCAGCCCGAAAAUACGGUGGUUGUUCAAGUGCGCAAAGCUGCCGAUGGAGUGAUUCGUCGCCGUCGCAGGGUUAUGCGUCCCAGCUCGUCCACCAUCGACGAAGAGUCAGAGCCGGGAAGUGAGCCCCAGGAUACCACGCCCACCGCUCAGUUGAGCGACCGUCCCUCGUCAAGCAGCAGUACAAGUGGGACUUCGGGCCGACGGGAUUCGCGCAGUAUUGAAAGCAGCAUGCUGCAUUUUGAUUCACCAUCCGCACCGCGGGGGGCUGAACCAACGGGCAACCAGCCGCCACGCCGCACCAAGCCUCUUGCAGCAGUGAAGGAAGGAACCGAGGGGGCUUCAAGUCCCCCGACCCGGCGACGUGUCGGUACCAGCGGUGCCUUUGACACGGACGCGCCGCUGGGUGCCAGUGCCUCCACAGACUCUGAACGCAGACCGUCUUCGGACUCUGAACGUAGACCGUCUUCGGACACGAAGAUUUAUCCCCGUCGUUUGUCCAUCAACGAAGUGGAGGUUUAG